ACAAGCCUGAGAGAAACUUGAGUACGACUACAGGGCACCAUGUCUAAUAUCGCUAAGGUUCUUUCUAAGAGGCAGGAUAGAGGAGAAGGAUUGGGAACAAACAAGAAGGCGAUUCCCUUCAACAAGCAAGACUACCAGACCCUGAAGCAGGAGUGUCUGGCGAAAAAAACCCUGUUCUGUGACCCAACCUUCCCUGCCGAAUCAGCCUCUCUGGGAUACAAUGAACUCGGACCGCAGUCCUCUCAGACCAGAGGAGUGCAGUGGAAGAGACCUAAGGAGCUCUGCUCAAACCCUCAGUUCAUUGUGGACGGCGCCACACGGACAGACAUCUGCCAAGGAGCUUUAGGUGACUGUUGGUUGCUGGCGGCUAUUGCAUCUUUGACUCUGGAAAAGGAGUUUCUGGAACGUGUAGUUCCACAUGGACAGAGUUUCAAAGAGAACUAUGCUGGCAUCUUUCACUUUCAGCUCUGGCAGUGUGGUGAAUGGGUGGAUGUUGUCAUUGACGACCGGCUGCCCACCAGAGACGGGAAGCUGCUGUUUGUUCAAUCAGCUGAGGGGUCUGAGUUCUGGAGUGCCCUGUUGGAAAAGGCCUAUGCAAAGGUAAAUGGCUCAUAUGAAGCUCUGACAGGAGGCCUGGCCAAUGAGGGUUUUGAGGAUUUCACUGGAGGCAUCGCUGAAAGCUAUGAUCUGAGCAAAGAUUCUUCACACCUGUUUAAGCUCAUGCAGAAAGCACUAACUCUGAGAUCAUUAAUGGGCUGCGCCAUUUCUACCAGUUCGCAGGAGAUAGAGGCGAAGACGAGUCUGAAGCUGGUGAAGGGUCAUGCCUACUCCGUCACCGGCGCAAAGGAGGUUCAUUCCCACGGCCGUCUGGUUCAGCUGGUGCGUCUCAGGAACCCGUGGGGUCAGGUGGAGUGGACGGGCCCUUGGAGUGACAAUUCCAAAGAGUGGAACAGUGUCCAACCGGAGGAGAAAGCUAAAUUGGUUCAUUCAGCUGAAGAUGGAGAGUUCUGGAUGGCGUAUUCAGACUUCAUACAGAACUUCUCGUGGUUGGAGAUCUGUAAUCAGACUCCAGACGCCCUUUCAAGUGACACUGUAAGCCGCUGGAAAUUCAGCCAGUUUGAAGGUGACUGGAGGGUGGGAUCCACUGCAGGAGGCUGCCUUAACAACCCAGUUUCAUUCUGCUCAAACCCUCAGUAUGUGAUCAAGAUGGAGGAAGAAGAUGAUGAUCCUUAUGAUGGAAAGGAUGGCUGCACGAUCCUAGUGGGUCUGAUGCAGAAAGAUUUUCGUAAAGUCAAUCGUUUUGGACAAAACCCGAACGCCAUUGGCUUCACUAUCUAUAAGGUUCCAGAUGAGCUCAGGGGUCGCAAUAACAUUCAUCUCAGUCGUGAUGUACUGCUGCGUCAGCGGCCCAUUGCAGGAUGCAAAGGUUUCACCAGCAUGCGAGAGGUGAGCGAGCGCUUCAAACUGCCUACGGGUGAAUACGUCAUCAUUCCCUCUACUUUUGAGCCGAAUCGCAAUGGAAGCUUCGUACUGCGUGUGUUCACAGAGAAAGAGGCUGUUGCCAGACCAAUGAAUACGGAGGUCUGUGCAGACGUGAAAAAGGAAUACAUAUCUGAGAGUGAUGUGGACCCAGAGUUCAAACAAUUUUUCAGUCAGAUUGCUGGAAAUGACUCAGAGGUGUCUGUGUUUGAACUAAAGCAGGUCCUAGACAUUGUUAUCUCAAAACGAACUGAUGUGAAGACAGAUGGAUUUAGUAUGGAAACCUGUCGCCACAUUAUCAGUCUGCUUGAUAAAGAUGGAAGCGGCAAACUCGGCCUUAUGGAGUUUCAAAUACUGUGGAUAAAGAUCCAGAAAUAUUUGGAGGCUUUUAAGAAGCAUGAUACAGACAACUCGGGCACUAUGAGUUCCUAUGAGAUGAGAGAUGCCAUGAAAGAAGCAGGGUUCCAGCUGAACAAUGAGGUUCUUCAGGUGAUAAUCUCACGUUAUGCCAAUCAGCAGUGCACCGUUGACUUUGAUUCCUUCGUUGGCUGCCUGAUUCAUCUGGAAAUGCUCUUCCAAAUGUUUAAAAGGUUCGAUAAGAAGGACACUGGGAAAAUCGAGCUGGAUAUCCUGCAGUGGCUCUGCUUGGCCCUCAGUUAAAAAAAUCCACUCAUCAUAACUGCAUCAGAAAUCAGUUCAUUUCCUGCAAUUGAACUGAAGAGGAUGCAGCAGACCUGAAAUGCCCAAGAG